GGCUCAAAGAUUAGUGGGUGGCUUGCUCUGUCCAAUUCACUGCUAGUAGUGCCGUAAACGGAGCGCGCGCUAGCCGAAUUCCCUGGGCAGAGGUGCAGCAAGCUGAUGUUGCGGGAGGUGGUUAUAUGCACUCGCUGACACAAUGGAUUUCAAUGUGAAAAAACUGGCUUCUGAUGCAGGAGUCUUUUUCACACGCGCUGUGCAGUUCACAGAGGAGAAGCUGGGCCAGGCUGAGAAGACCGAGCUCGACGCCCAUUUUGAGAACCUGCUUGCUCGGGCUGACUGCACCAAGAACUGGACCGAGAAGAUUUUUCGGCAGACGGAGGUCCUCCUGCAGCCCAACCCGAUUGAUCACACCGGUGCUCGGAUCGAGGAGUUCCUCUUUGAGAAACUGGACAGGAAGGUCCCCUCCAGGACCACCAAUGGGGAGCUGCUCGGACAGUACAUGCUGGAUGCGGCCAAGGAUUUUGGGCCCGGGACCCCCUACGGAAGUACCCUGAUCAAGGUCGGGGAAUGCCAGAGACGACUAGGGGGGGCCGAGCGCGAGUUCAUGCAGACCUCGGCCAUCAACUUCCUCACCCCGCUCCGCAACUUCCUGGACGGCGACUGGAGGACCAUCUCUAAAGAGAGACGUCUCCUGGAGAAUCGCCGGCUGGACCUGGACGCCUGCAAAGCGCGUUUGAAGAAAGCCAAGCUUGCCGAGGCCAAAGCAGCGGCUGCGCCCAAUUUUCAGGAGACUAGACCACGUAAUUACGUACUGUCCGCCAGCGCAUCCGCGCUCUGGAGUGAGGAGGUGGACAAAGCGGAGCACGAGCUGCGCGUGGCUCAGACGGAGUUCGACCGGCAGGCCGAGGUCACGCGGCUGCUGCUGGAGGGCAUCAGCAGCACACACGUAAACCACCUGCGCUGUCUGCAUGAGUUUGUGGAGGCUCAGGCCAUCUACUACAACCAGUGCCACCAGUACAUGAUGGAUCUGCAGAAAGAGCUGGGCAGUUCGGAUGGAGAUGUGUACCCCAAUGCAUUCACUGUGAAUCCCGCCCCCUCCUCCAGCGCCUCCCCCUCGACAGCGGCCACCCUGCCCGUGGUGUCCAUCGCGGGGGCGGUCUCCACCAGCGCCCCGGAGGCGGACACGCUGAAGAUCGAGGAGGUGCAGCCCCCUGCCACCGGCACCCGCAAGGCCAAGGUCCUGUACGACUAUGACGCCGCAGACACCAGCGAGAUGUCCCUGCUGGCAGACGAGCUCAUCACGGUGUACACCGUGCCAGGCAUGGAUCCUGAUUGGUUGGUUGGAGAGAGGGGCAACCAGAAGGGCAAGGUGCCCGUUACAUACCUGGAGCUGCUCAGCUAAAGAGGACGGAACAGAGCGGAUCGUGACAUGACGGACAGUCCCACGCACUGGCACAUGCAUUUGCGCGUACACACUCGUUCAGACUUCCGCUUUCUGAAAAUUUCCUCCAUCAUGCAAAUGCACACACUGAAACAAUCAAACAUGUGCACAUAAACACUUACACUUGACUUAGAAGAAAUAAACAGAUGCUAAAUAAAUGCAAGAAGCAAAUGCACACCACUGACAGUAGGGAACAGCAAGAUAAAUGCAACCCACACAUGUGAACAUGGAGAUGCAAAAUAGGUGUUUACAUGAUAUGAAUUACCCCACGGCUUUCUUUGCCUGGGUUUUUUUCUUCUUUGCUUUGUUUUUUGUUUUGAUUUACUCCCAAAGUCAGUCAGGAACAGGUUAAAUGUUGAGGUCACCUGAGCACUUCCUGUGGACCUGAGGACCCCUGUGUUGGUCGUAUAGAUGAUGCGCCAUUUAUGCCUCCAGAUCAAUCCUUCCUGUGUCACGGGAGUGAUGGCAACAGUCUCCCAAAAACUUUGCUUGCUUCCCCUGGCUUUACCUCUGUCAGUAAGAAACACAGUCUGUAGUACUCACAAUUCAGAAAUUCCAAGCCUGCUAUGUUUUAGCCUGUUUAUUUUUUAAAUGCCCUUCAUUUUGUUUAGUACUUUUUAAAAAAUUCUUUCAGUUUUCAAAAAAAAUUUCUGUAUUUUUUUUUACCCAUUAGAAAGGCGAACACUUCUGCUGUGAUUCCUCACCGGCUGACUUGCCUUAACGUUACAGGACAGGAUUGUGCAACAUUUGUAAUCCCAUAGAAAGUAAUCCCCCUUAAAUGCCGUGAGGUCAUUGCUUUGCUUACAGUAACGUUGCCAUGGUGAAAUAUUGAGGCUGAAGCUCUGUGCGCUCUGGCAGCUGUCAGAUGUCCCAUGCUCCCUUGUGUCUGUGUCGGUGCGUAAAUGCAUGCGUUUACCAUCCUGAAUAUGCCACAGUACUUCCACCCCCACCCCCUUUUGUCUGUUAAGUGUGAUAUUGCAAAAGCAUGAUGUGUUCUUUCGACGCCGUGCACUUUCGCAGUCUAGUACUGAAACAGCAUUGGACAGCUCUCUCUGCAACUGUGAGCGUGCAUUUUAUUGUGUAAGCCCCACAGUCAAAAAGCUGUGCAGUAUUAACAAGGGCAUCUGAUGUUUGGCUGUGGUUAGGAAUAAUUUUGUCCAGGUCCAAAAUACGGCACUAAAUGUGCACAAAGCCAUAACUAAGGAAAGAAAGGUAUGAGGAUACUGUUUUGUAAACAUAUGUGAAGAGCCAGAAUGAAGUACUUUUUGGGCUGUCCAGCCAAUGGAGCUGUGUGACCUCAUUUUCAGUGUGGUGGUUUUUUUUUUCCCCCAGAGCUGUCAAGGUGCAUAAUCUUUCACAGCUGCAUCAGCACUUUGAGGAGUGUAGUUCUUUCUUUCAUUUUUCAGUGUCAUUCAUUAAAAAAUGGUCACAGUGUCUUGGACUGACUCCACCAUAGUGUUUCGGUCUAUGAAGAAUUUACGAAUUGUAAAUUUAUUAUUGGAGUUCUGUGAAUGAACCUUUUGUGAAAGAAUGUGUAACAUCCUUAAGUGGUUGGAGAAGAUUUCAGUUUUUAGGCAUGCUUAUCUGUUAACGUAAAAUUUUAUUUAAGAUUCUGAUGUGUGUACAUUCAUACAGCAUAUUUAAGCAUAUUGUGAUAAUAUAUGUAUGUUUUUUUGGGCUGUUAUUCUGUGGUUGUAUUCCCAUAUUUCACUGGUUCAUUGUGCCCCUUCAUUCUUUUAACAUUGUUAUUUUUUCUCAUCUCAGUCUGUGCAUAGCAAGGAACGGGUUACUGACUGCUGAAAAAUGUAUUCACCUGCACCAAAUAUUUCUCCUGUCUUUAUAUUGCUGUGGAUGUAUUUGAUGUCAUUUUUUGUUGUUGUUGAGGUGUUGAUGCUGUGUGUGUGUGUGUGUGUGUGUGUGCGUGUGUGCGCGCGCGCGCGCAUGUGUGUGUGUGCUUAAGCGUGUAUGUAAAGGCUUGAUCCCUGAAAUGUAUUAAUUUUUUUGAAGAGUAACUCUUUGUAACUUCUGUCUUUCAUCUUUGGCUUUCAUAUUUUGUAUCCCUGCCCCCCUUUAUUUAAAGUUGUAUAGUUUAAGCUGAGCAGAGACGGGCGGCUCACCCAGUCUGUCUCCGGGGCUACACCACUCUCACCUUGUCUCUUGUGUUCUUGUCACACCACUUUUUUUCCCCCUCAGUGUAUUUAUUGCCUGCUCCAAAAACCGUGUAUAAUGAAUGAGUAAAACUUGAACAUAAUAAAAAGUUAGCUUUAUUGAGA